UCGGCCAUGGCGAGUCUGCAUUCACUCGACUUGUAAACACUGCAAGAACAUAACGUUUUAUCUCAAUAUAUUUUCUUAUUCACUUUAAUACGAAAUAAGCUAAAGCUGUAACUAACGCGUGUGUUCUACUACUAAAAACUACUGUUUAUCUACUUAUACUUUACCUAAGUAUAACUUAAAAAACAAGUUUAGAAAGUUCAGUGACUGCCAGUGAAUUGCGUGACAUUUUAAAAAGGGAUUUUAAAAUACAGUCCGAAGGUUGAGUUUCGUCAGCAUGGAUGCAACAAUGGAAAACAAGAUGGGUUUGCCGCCGCCUUACCAAGCGACUGCGCCUAACCCUACGCCGCCGCCCCCCUACUUCGGAGACAACCCUCCUCCGCCGCCCGGGCUGAACAUUCCUCCUACUGCUCCUCCCCGGACCAGGGUCAUCACGCCCAGCCAGCCGGGCCAGGCAGCUGCGCCGGCCGGGGGCGCGCCCAAGCUGGGCCCGGGACGCACCGGCAUGACCUGCCCCACGUGCAACAAGCAGAUCGUGACCCGCGUGCAGUACGUGCCCAACAACCGGACGCAUAUCGUAUCCGCCGCACUCUGUGUCUUAGCCGGAUGCUGUUGCGGCUGCUUCGUCCCCUACUGCAUGAGGUCCUGCAAGUCCGCCAACCACUACUGCCCCGCCUGUCGAGCCUUCAUCGGGACCUUCGCACCUUCAUGAUACAUGACCAGAGAAGCCUCAUCUGCUACCAUCACUGAUAGUGCGACGGUCUGAUUAACAUUUUAGUGACUUUUUCAAACGAAUUUAUAUUUUACAACGACUUCCGAUUGCUAUAUGUUAACUAUUGUGGGUAUGCUAUCAAGCACUUUCAUUAACUUUAGUGUUUACUUACAUACAUGAUAUUCUGAAAGUUACUGCCUGUGCUUGAUAGAUAAAGCUGUACACCGGGAUCUAUCAAGCUGAACAAUUGAACAUCCCAUACAAAGUUCUUUUUACUACGCUAUUUUUCUUAUAAUAUUUCGAGAAUUUUACUAGAUCUUAGAAAAAACAUCAAAUGUCCGUCCUACGGGUACUAUAAACAUAAUUAUGUAGGUAUCUGUGUAUGUAAAUUAAGUAAGGCACCACAUCAAGGCUUGUUUCAAUUAAUUAAUGGAUCAUUAGAAGAAAAAUGUAACAAAAGUUCUGUGAUACCAUUGUUUUUAUGCAAUGUUUGAUAGGUUUAAAAUUGAUUUAAACAGAUUAAGUAUACUUAAGUAGGUAAGUGUAUUCUUUAAUUACUUAUGAAAUAAAUAAAAACUGAAAUGAUUUAUACUUUAAAGCUUACCAAAUAAU